AUAAAAUUUUGUUCAGCUGUUUGUUAUGAUGAUAUCAUUAUAUAGACUAUAUAACCUGUGCAUGUUCUGUAUAACAAUUUUUAAUUUUUAAAAUGUUUUUAUUUCUUAAAUGGUAUUAAAAAUAAUAACGAAUUAAUUAGUGCAUGAGUUAAGUAACUGAGUGUGUGAGAGUCACAGGAGUGGUAUCUUAUCGAGGCCCGUCAUUAGAAUUAAAUCAUGAAUGUGCAAAUAUUCAAUAUUAACACGCACAACUAUCGAUAAAAUUUUGGAAUUAUUUUAAACACUAAAUUGAAGAAAAAAGCUCGUCGAGCACCAAGAAAUGUGUGUGAAGCCAACACACAAACUAUUAAUUAUUAAGAGUCUAAAAUGUUAUCUAUGGCGUUUACUGACCGCGCAUGUUUCCUAAUCUAUUUCAUUGCAUACUUACGCCUGCGAGUGAAUGUUUAGUUUGUUUUGCAUUUAGUACGGAAAGUUCUUUGCUGUGAUAAAUACGUCUCGCUACCAUGCAGAAGGCAUUGGAUCCGACGACAGUACCUUUAAUCGAGCGCGCUACAAACCCGCUUUCGAAAAAAUACGUGACAAAAAUGUUUUAUCACCGACGGCGAACUAUUUUAAUUUGUUGUAUAUUGUGCUCUGUACUUGUGUUUCUAUUUGUGAUGGGUACGGUAUUGGAAAUUAUGCCGGAAUUCAACCAAUACCGGUUAGUUAAAAAGUAUGCCCAAUAUCCAACCACAAACCGGGGCUCAACACGAACUAUUCUGUUUUGGAAUAGUUUCUUUGGGAAUAAACGGUGGAGCUUACCCGAAGAUACACUUGGUCCAGCGUAUUUUCGUGAUGAACUAUUAUGUCCUGUUUACAAAUGUGAAAUAACGAAUGUAAAGGAUUUUCUUCCAUCUGUGGAUAUGUAUGAUGCGAUAGUCUUUCAUACUGCAGAGCCUUUUUACUGGAUUGAAUCAGUGCCUGCCAAGCGUGCCGACAAUCAAUUUUAUGUUUUCGCUCUAAUGGAACCACCCGGUGAAACCAAGCAUGUACUGAAUGAUGAAAACUACUUUUACAAUCUAACAAUGACAUAUAGAUUAGAUUCAGAUAUAUUGUGGCCGUAUAUGUAUUUUUUCGAUAAAACAAACAGUGCUAUUGUCGCACCGACAGCAAAGUCGGCACCGAUUUGGCGUGAACCACCGGAUGAAUAUAAUAAUACAGCCAUAUGGAAUUUAUGGUCCGGAAAGAACAAAACUGCUGCUUGGUUUGUUUCGCAUUGUAAUACAUUAUCGCAGCGAGAACAGUUAGCAGAAGCAUUAAAGAACUUUGUUGAUGUGGAUAUAUAUGGAGAAUGUGGUGAUUUGAGUUGCCCAUAUAAGGAAAGUGAAUGCGAUGAGAUGCUUGACAAGGAAUAUAAAUUUUAUUUAUCAUUUGAGAAUUCAUUAUGCCGGGAUUAUGUGAUGAGACGGAGAAAAAACUAA